AAAACUUCUUUUCUUCAUAUCAUUACUGACAGAGGAUUUUACAUAAUGGCUGAUCAAAAGUUAUCGAAGGCUAAAGUAAUUUUUGUGUUGGGUGGACCAGGAAGUGGUAAAGGUACACAGUGUGUGAAAUUAGUUGAAAAAUUUCAUUUCAAUCAUUUAUCAAGUGGAGAUCUGUUACGUGAUGAAGCGAAGUCAGAUACGCCUAGAGGCAAAGAGUUAAGAACUAUAAUGGAGAAAGGAGAAUUAGUUUCUUUGGAUAUUGUUUUAGCUUUACUGAAAGACGCUAUGAUUAAAUUGGUUGAUAAGAAUUGUUACUUCCUUAUUGAUGGUUAUCCUCGUGAAUUGGUUCAGGGCAGUCGAUUUGAAAAAGAAAUAUCCCCUUGCUUAUGCGUCAUUAAUUUUGAUGUCAAUGAAGAUGUUAUGCGACAACGUCUAUUGAAACGAGGCGAAACAAGUGGACGUGCUGAUGAUAAUGAAGAAACAAUCUUAAAACGUUUUAAUACUUUCAAUGAGUUGACUAAACCUGUUAUUGAUCAUUAUAAGAAACAGAAUAAAGUGAUUACUAUUGAUGCAUCUGGUACAGUUGAAAAGAUCUUCGAAGAUGUUAUUCAUGGACUUCAAAAAUUCGGUGUCAAAUAGAAUCGCUUGUUAUUUUCUCCGUCAGAGAUAUCUCAUUCAUCAUUAUAUAUCCUUCAUUGAUUAUCACAGCUAAAAAUAUCUUCAGAUAAUCUUAUUGUUAUUUUUUAUUUAUUUAUUUAUCAUACAAUAAUAAUAAUAAUAUUACCUAUGUUAGUUUGUAUUUUAACCGCAGCAUCAGAAACACAACAUUAUCACUUAUACAAUUCAUCUUUCUUUGUCAACUGCGUUAACAGAGUGUAUUCGAUUUUUUUGUGUUUAUCCUAUUCUAUCCUAUCCUAUCCUAUCCUCUCAUUUGUUUACCCAUAACUGUUUUCUGCACCCUAAGUGUGUAUUUGUAAUUACCAGUAUUAUCUUUAUCUUUAUAUAUUCAAGUGCCUGUAUUCGAGUUAUUAUUAAUAUUAUUUUAUUUAGGUGUUUCAAAGUUAUUUGCAGUUUUUACAAUACCUUAACCACCUAAAUCCCACUUAGCACACUCUAUGUAAUAAAGUGCUUUCUUUU